AUGAACUACUCCGAUGAUGACUCUGAUAGUUAUUUAUCGAGUGAAGAUGCAGACUACGUACCAUCAGAUGAUAAUGCCAGUGAGGAUGAUAUUAACGAGUGUGAAAAGGAAGACCCUUUGGAUGAAAGUGACGUGCCACAUCCAAACAUGACUAAGAGGACUGCGAAGAAAAAAGACUGCAGUUCAAGAAAGAGGUCAAAACUAGUGCUGAAGGUUGAUGACGCGGAGAAAAAAGGAGAAGCUGCUAAGGAGGCUGAGCCACUUCAGGAUGCUGUCGAAAAUAUGGCACAAAUAGAAAAUAAUGAUGAAGCGGCAGAGAAGAAACAAUCAGAUGAUCUCUGGGCUCGUUUCUUGUCUGAUGUUGCCCCCAGACCAAAGCCAUCAAUGGACUCUCACACCACGCUGGAGGCUCAUUCUUCAGAUUCCAAUGUUUGUACGAGAACUGAAUCAAAGGAAUCGGACCCGGCCAAAGUCACCAUCGUAAAAGUUUUUGAUUUUGCUGGAGAAGAAGUGAGGGUCAAUAAAGAAGUAUCCUUAGACUCCAGAGAAGCCAAAAUGCAUCUAAAGGUUCAAUGCACAAAAGAGAAGAUGGGCAAAGAAAAUCCCACAUCAUCUCCACCGCAAUCAACUUGUCCUGAACCCAGUUCAAAACGGCCAGCCGGGAUGUCCAGUUUACUGAGUCGCAUUGGUGGAAAGAAACAAAAAAUGAGCACACUAGAGAAGUCAAAGAUUGACUGGGACGCUUUCAAAUACGAGGAAGGUAUUGCUGAGGAGCUGGCAAUCCACAACAGGGGUAAAGAUGGGUAUGUGGAGCGGAAGAACUUCUUAGAGCGUGUUGAUCACAGACAGUUUGAGAUGGAGAAAGAAGUGCGCCUAAAAAACAUGAAACCUUCCACUUAA